AAAACGAACAUAUAAAUGAUCCUAUUUUUAAUUUAUAUUUUGAAAAAAAGAUUGUUCCUAAUUUUUUUAGGUUUCCGGCAAUGUCAUCUACUGAAUUUCUACGACCGGCGACGAUAACAUUCCACGGUAAAUUCAGCACAAAUUCUUACUCUAAUCUUCUUUAUCUACAUGGAUUAAACUUCAAAGCCAUUCGAUUUAGGGUUUUGCAACAAAAAACGAACCGUUUCUUCCCCAAUUCUAUCACUUCCACCCUAAAGAACGUCGCCGUUGUGGGAAACCACGAGAGAUUAAAGCUUUAUGGAAGAGGUAAAUUAAGGUUCAAAGAGAGCAAAAUUUUGGCUAAUUGUACGGACAGCAGCGAUUCGAAGGCGAGCUCCGGCGAGAAAAAUGAAAGCGAAGGUGGGCAAGGAGUGACGCAGAAACAGAGUCCGUCAAAUUCGGGGGGUUCGACCAAUCAGAGAGGAGAAAAGGGUGGAAGAAGCGGGUUGUGGAGGUCCAAAGGAAAGAAAUGGCAGUGGCAACCGAUAGUUCAAGCUCAAGAAAUUGGUGUUUUGCUUUUACAGUUGGGUGUUGUUAUGUUCGUUAUGCGACUGCUCCGACCCGGGAUUCCGUUGCCCGGGUCGGAGCCUAGGACCCCGACGACUUUUGUCAGCGUUCCUUACAGCGAGUUUUUGAAUAAGAUUAAUAGUAAUCAGGUUCAAAAGGUGGAGGUUGAUGGAGUUCAUAUAAUGUUCAAAUUGAAGAACGAAGGGAGCGUUCAAGAGAGUGAAAUUGGUAAGUUUCAGGAGUCGGAGUCCUUGUUGAGGAGUAUGGCGCCUACAAAGCGAAUUGUAUAUACAACAACUCGGCCCAGUGAUAUUAAGACUCCAUAUGAGAAGAUGCUGGAAAACGAUGUGGAGUUCGGGUCUCCCGAUAAGCGAUCUGGUGGAUUCUUCAACUCUGCAUUGAUAGCUUUGUUCUAUGUUGCUGUUCUUGCGGGACUUCUCCAUCGGUUCCCUGUGAAUUUUUCUCAGCAUACAGCUGGUCAGAUUAGGAAUCGCAAGGCAAGGAGUUCUGGGGGUUCAAAAGUCUCUGAACAAGGUGAAACAAUAACUUUCGCUGAUGUGGCUGGUGUUGAUGAGGCAAAGGAGGAGCUUGAAGAAAUUGUGGAAUUUCUUAGGAACCCAGACAGGUAUAUACGGCUUGGUGCUCGUCCUCCACGAGGAGUUCUCCUGGUGGGUCUUCCUGGGACAGGCAAGACUCUUCUAGCAAAAGCUGUGGCUGGUGAGGCAGAAGUUCCAUUCAUAAGUUGUUCUGCAAGUGAGUUUGUAGAGUUGUAUGUUGGCAUGGGUGCAUCACGAGUUAGAGAUCUCUUUGCACGAGCUAAGAAGGAGGCACCAUCAAUAAUUUUUAUUGAUGAGAUAGAUGCCGUGGCUAAAAGUCGCGAUGGUAAAUUUCGCAUUGUUAGCAAUGAUGAACGGGAGCAAACUUUGAACCAAUUACUCACUGAGAUGGAUGGAUUUGACAGCAAUUCUGCUGUGAUUGUUCUUGGAGCUACAAACCGUUCUGAUGUCUUGGAUCCCGCCCUUCGUCGACCAGGGAGAUUUGAUCGUAUUGUUAUGGUAGAGACUCCUGACAGGAUUGGAAGAGAAGCUAUUAUAAAAGUGCAUGCCUCCAAGAAGGAACUUCCCCUUGGAGAUGAUGUUGAUCUUGGUGACAUUGCCUCUAUGACUACUGGUUUUACUGGGGCUGAUCUUGCAAAUCUGGUAAAUGAAGCAGCCUUACUCGCUGGAAGAAAUAAUAAAGUUGUUGUAGAGAGGAUUGAUUUCAUUCAGGCAGUAGAACGAUCAAUAGCUGGCAUAGAGAAGAAAACUGCCAAAUUGAAGGGAUGUGAGAAGGCUGUGGUUGCAAGGCAUGAAGCUGGCCAUGCAGUAGUAGGUACAGCUGUUGCAAACCUUCUUCAUGGACAGCCACGUGUUGAGAAACUGAGCAUACUGCCAAGAUCUGGAGGGGCAUUGGGCUUUACUUAUAUUCCUCCUACCAAUGAGGACAGAUAUUUACUCUUCAUUGAUGAGUUACGUGGCCGUUUGGUUACUCUUCUUGGUGGACGCGCUGCAGAGGAAGUUAUCUAUUCAGGUCGUGUUUCUACUGGUGCACUUGAUGAUAUUAGGCGGGCGACAGACAUGGCAUACAAGGCAGUAGCUGAAUAUGGUCUUAAUCAGACUAUAGGGCCUCUCUCCUUAGCUACGGUUUCUGGUGGAGGCAUGGAUGAAUCCGGGGGUGGAGUUCCUUGGGGACGAGAUCAGGGACAUCUAGUUGAUCUUGUCCAAGGAGAGGUGAAGGCAUUAUUACAGUCUGCCCAUGAAGUAGCCCUUUCUGUUGUACGUGCUAAUCCAACUGUUUUGGAAGGGCUUGGUGCUCACCUGGAAGAAAAUGAGAAAGUAGAAGGAGAAGAGCUACAAAAAUGGUUGAAAUUGGUUGUUGCACCAAAGGAACUAAUCAUCUUCGUUGAAGGCAAGCAAGAGUCUCUUCUGCCGGUUCAAGCGGGCUCUGGAUAAGUGUUUUGCUCAUUGCUUGUCAACAUUGAGCAUUGCAUUGAACCAACUGACUAUAUCUUUCCUUGCACCUUGUCAAUGACCAUGCUGUGCUACCGGCAUCAAAGCUCCCUUGCGCUUUUUUUUUUUCGUAUUUCAGCAAGGUGAGUCUUGGCUUUAGUAUUAACACUACGAAGUCUUUUCAUUAUUUUAUUCUCACUACACUUACCAGAGGAAACAUAGAGAAGGAAGUGGUGAAGCUGAAUAUUUAUUUCCCGAAAAAUCCUUCAAGCUUGUCUCCCCGUUCUUGAUAUUAUGGUGAUAAGUUCAGGUUGGUCUCCGUCUGUUCUGUUGUACAUUGGCUAUUAUUUUUAUCAGUCAUAACGGGUGGAGUUUUAACAGUAAUUGAGUUGUACAAUAAUUAUUAUGUGAAAUAUAAUAUAAGAUUAUUGCACAUAAUAAUGUUGGGUUGAAAAAUGUUUGUCUUCAGAAGAACAUUGUACAUAUAGUAUGCUGUAGAAAAUACAUGCUGUUAAUAAUAGUUUCCCAAAAUGGAACUAAACAUUAUUUUUGAGCUUUGACAUGAAA